GGGUUUCCCGGAGAAGAGUGCAGGGUUACCGCGCCCAUCUCUGCUGUUUGAUGGCCGUAGGAAGCGACUGAGGUACUGGAGAGAAACGAGAAAGGGUGUUCAAAGAGAGCGACAUAGAGCGAGAAAGACGAGAAAGGUUAGAUAAGAGCCGAGGGACUGGAAAAGACAGCAGCGAGGUGAAGCAGCAUUAGAUGAGGCUGUAUUAAAACGCCAAGGUGCAAAAAUCUGCCUUUGCUGCGGUGAACCCUGCCCCAUCUUUGCGCCAGUGUGCCGGUGUGUUUCCCUUGGCGUAUCGAAAGCUGGGUUCGGGGAGUGCCGCUCCUCGGUAGCGAAGUCUGUCGGUGCGUAGAGGAGUGCGUGAUCUUCGCUCGUUUCCAGUCAAUGCGAUAUAAACAACGGACGCCCCCGACUGAAAACGGAUCAGCGAGUGUCCCGGUGGCCGGAGAGAAGCACCCAGUUUAGCAGAGGAAAAUGAGCGAACUCGACCAGCUACGCCAGGAGGCUGAGCAGCUCAAGAACCAGAUCAGAGAUGCCCGGAAAGCAUGUGCAGAUGCUACCCUGUCGCAGAUCACAGCCAACAUCGACCCCGUUGGCCGAAUUCAGAUGCGCACUAGACGGACACUGAGGGGUCAUCUGGCUAAGAUCUACGCCAUGCACUGGGGCACUGACUCGAGGCUCUUAGUCAGUGCCUCCCAGGAUGGUAAACUCAUCAUCUGGGACAGCUAUACCACAAACAAGGUCCACGCCAUCCCCCUGCGCUCCUCGUGGGUGAUGACCUGCGCGUACGCCCCCUCCGGAAACUACGUGGCCUGCGGGGGCCUGGACAACAUCUGCUCCAUCUACAACCUGAAGACCCGCGAGGGCAACGUCCGCGUGAGCCGCGAACUGGCCGGGCAUACAGGUUACCUUUCCUGCUGUCGUUUCCUGGAUGACAACCAGAUUGUCACCAGCUCUGGUGACACCACCUGUGCUCUCUGGGACAUCGAGACUGGCCAGCAGACGACCACUUUCGCUGGCCACACCGGCGAUGUCAUGAGCCUCUCGCUGGCGCCCGACACCAGGUUAUUCGUCUCGGGCGCCUGCGACGCCUCUGCCAAGCUGUGGGACGUCAGAGAAGGCAUGUGCCGACAGACUUUCACGGGCCACGAGUCUGACAUCAAUGCCAUCUGCUUCUUCCCCAACGGCAACGCGUUCGCCACGGGCUCGGACGACGCCACCUGCAGACUCUUCGACCUGCGCGCCGACCAGGAGCUGAUGGUCUACUCCCACGACAACAUCAUCUGCGGCAUCACCUCGGUGGCGUUCUCCAAGAGCGGCCGUCUACUGCUGGCCGGAUACGACGACUUCAACUGCAACGUCUGGGACACCCUCAAGGCCGACCGCGCAGGUGUGCUGGCUGGCCAUGACAACCGCGUUAGUUGCUUGGGCGUCACCGAUGACGGCAUGGCAGUGGCCACAGGGUCCUGGGACAGCUUCCUCAAGAUCUGGAACUAAAGCCUGAAGAUGGCAUCCGGACUCCAAAGUUGACUGGAAGACCAUUCCAACAUCAAAAUAUUAAAAUUUCAUUGCAUAUCCAAUCCUUCUCAAACACCACAAACAAACUGACUCAAACACCCCCAAAACGAAGGGCAAAACGAAACCUUUCCUUCUCAUUAAAAAGAAGAGCACAAUUGUUUAUCACUCAGCUUAAAAAAAGAAGAAUUCUGUGGUAUAAAAUGAAAUGGGGAAAAAUGAAAUUGUGCAUUCCUUCUGGGACCAUAUUAUGACGUCUUGAAAGAGAAAACAAACACUAUCAUCCCAAACAAAUGUAUCAUGUACCUUG